CGCUCAGUGCGUUUCGAGCCUCCGUGCCGAGAGGACGUUCACGUGGUUUUUGCGUCUACUUGACACUCGUACAUGUCAUACAGACAUACACCCAAUAUGGCAACAGGAUAGUGAACCGUGUGUGGAAUAGUGAUUGUGAAUAGGAUUUGACGGUGGUCUUUGAUGUUUGGUCGGUCAAUAGGCAAUAGUUGACUGACUAGAAAGCAUGGCUUGUGACGGCUUUUAAUUGGAUUGCGGUUAAAAAAUACUUGUGAUAAUUUUGACUGUUUUAAAAAAAUCGACUCUAAGAGAUGUGGUCAUAAUUUGGACGAAGUUUUUCGAAAGAACGCGCGCUCGCAAUUGGAGCGCUAAAUUUGAAAAUAUCGUUCGAAUUUCGAAUAAAAAUGCUGGCCGUGAAGAAUUUCUUCAUGCCCGAGAAGCGGGUGGACUCGCCUCGGUUCUCGAGGAUGCCCGAAGCAUUGAUGAGGUCCAUUAGGAGGAGGUCGUUACGGGUGAAGAGGACCAAAUCGCUGGUGCUUGUCAGCGAGAAACGGAAGUCCGAUUCAUUCGUCAACAGCCAAGAAUGGACGUCCGCGCGAGGUGUCACAGAAUUACGAGUGGGCGUCUUAGGAUCGCCGGACAGCGGGAAAUCUGCGCUAGUCCAUCGGUAUCUAACAGGGGCAUACAUGCAAGAAGAAAGUCCGGAAGGCGGCCGCUUCAAGAAGGAAGUGAUCAUCGAUGGCCACAGCUACCUCCUGCUCAUACGGGACGAGGGAGGCUCUCCGGAGAUGCAGUUUACUGCCUGGGUCGACGCCGUGAUCUUCGUAUUUAGUCUCGACAACGAGGUCAGCUACAACACAGUCUCCAACUACUUUAACAAAAUGUCUCACUAUCGAAACUCCGCCGAGAUACCGAUCAUUUUGGUUGGAACACAAGAUGCCAUAAGUGAAAGUAGUCCACGCGUCGUGGACGACAACCGCGCUCGCAAGCUGUCAAAUGAAUUGAGAAGAUGUUCAUACUACGAGACCUGCGCUACGUACGGAUUGAAUGUCGAGCGCGUAUUCCAAGAUGCGUGCCAGAAGAUCGUUGGUUCGAGGCUGUCGGCAUCGCAGCAAUGCCUGACGGGAUCGCGACCGGUGACGCCUCAGCCCCUGGCAAACUCUCCCAGUCACAAUCAUUCCACAUUCCUCUAUAAGGACUCACUCCCGCGAGGCCACCACACCCUCUCUGCCUCAUCGCACCACCUCCACCGAGGCGCCUCGUCGUUCGACGCCUCCUCAAACAGCAGCGGCAUCUCGUCGACCCAUGUGGUGGAGAUCCACAGUACUAAUGGGUCAGAUACGUCUUCGCGGUGGGGCAAUUCACUUGGGAGCCACGGGUCGAGCUCUGGCCUCGUGUCUAUUGCGACUGAGAAUAAUAAUGUGAAGUUUACACAGCCGCACUGCUUAGACAACCUCCAAGUGAAAGACAAAGACCUCCCAACACCAUCGUCCACACCUACCACCUCAAGAAAAUCACGAAGAAGAUCGAACCUAUUCACACCGUCAAAGAAAGGAGACGACCGACUAAAGAACGGAGAGCUAGGGUCCGGUCGGGCGAUACCCUUGAAACAGGGGUAUUUGUAUAAGAAGAGUAGUAAGGCCCUCAACAAGGAGUGGAAGAAGAAAUAUGUGACGCUGUGCGAUGAUGGGAGGUUGACUUAUCAUCCUAGUUUACAUGAUUACAUGGAGGAUGUAAACGGCAAAGAGAUCUCACUACAAUACGUGACAGUGAAGGUGCCCGGACAGAAGCCCAGAGGCUCGAAGUCCAUCAUCACAACAGUGCCAGGCUACAACGGGUACAGCAGUCUGGAUCUGCAUGAUAGCAUCGGGGGGCUUAGUCUUGGAUACAAAGACAAGCCAGUCCGCGUGACAGACAAAGCGUUGAUGUCAGCGUUCGACACGCUGAAAGAACCCGCGUCGUCGCGGCAAUCUCUCGCGUCAGAGGCUGAGGCUAACGGUGAUAAAGAUACGCCCCAUGUCAAGAAACGACAUAGGCGGAUGAAGAGUAGCGGCGUGAAAAAGGAUGGGGAUGAUGAUGCCGACGGCGGCGCAUCAUGCGAGUUCACAAUAGUGUCGCUGGACGGCAAGAGAUGGCGCUGGGAAGUAGGUGGCGCUAGUGGCGCGGCCGCGGCUGCUGAGCGUGAUGCGUGGGUGUGCGCCGUAGAGGCACAGAUACUGGCUUCUUUACAAGGAAGGACGUCUCGACUACCAGCGCCAACGGGCGCCAACUCAACAGGCGAUGUUCGCGCCACGUACUACAUUCGGCGGGUGCAUGGCAAUGACAAGUGCGCAGACUGUGGGGCCAACGAUCCUGACUGGGCGAGCUUGAACCUGGGAGUGUUAAUAUGCAUCGAGUGCUCCGGCAUACACCGAAAUCUCGGCUCGCACAUCUCACGCGUGCGUUCACUAGACCUCGACGAGUGGCCACUGGGUCACGUGAGUGUCAUGGUGUCUAUGGGUAACUCGUUGGCCAAUAACAUUUGGGAGGCGGACCUACGAGGGCACAUUAAGCCUAUCGCGUCAUCUAGUCGGGAAGAGAAAGAAAGGUGGAUCCGUCUAAAAUACGAGCGGCGAGCGUUCCUGUCGUCCACCGAAGUCCCGACCGGAGUGGAGUCGCUGCUCACGGCGUCGUCGCGCGGCGCCAUCUCCUCCCUCGCGCGCAUGCUGGCCGUGCCGGCGCCGCGCGCGCCCACGCCCGCCGAGCGCGCCUUAGCGCUGCGCGCCGCGGCCGCCGCGGGGCAGCUGCCCGCUGCACAACUGCUGAUAUGGCACAACGGCAACCCGAACUACCCCGACGCGGACGGCCACACGUGCGUGUUCUACGCGCGCGCGGCCGCCAACCACCUCUCCGGCGUGCCCCCCCACUACCCCAAGAACCUCCAGCUCCUCUGCCCCCUCCACCCCAACCCUCCCCAACCCUCCGACAACUCCUCCAACACCAGCUCCAACUCCUCAAACAAGAGCAACUUGAAAAAUCCCGAGCCUGAAUGCAACUGUAUAAUCUUUGAGUUGCUUAACGCUCAGAGCGCGGCCAACGCUCUAGUGGAACUUCUGAUCGGUUUGCAAAAUAAUCAGUACAUGAAUGGUUAUGAAGGGAAUGGGUUCAGCCAUGGGACUCUAGGCAGAGGGUCAUCGCUUGGGGGUUUAGGGGGUAAUCUGUCUUUGACCAACGGGAAGUGUGGAAGUAUUGUUUAAUAAUUUAUCUGGAUUAUGUUACCCAAUUGUUGGUAUUUUCUGUAAUUGUAAUUUAUUUUUCGUUUAAUAAAAAAAUGUCAUUGUGAAAUGAAAGUUUCUUUGCAGUUGCAAUGAGUUUCUUUUAUAAAUAUAAUUAUCUAAAUUAUACAUGAAUUUUAUCUGUCAAUUUGAAGAUACUUAAAUUAUAUUGAUUAGAGGAAUUAUUAGAUAAAAAUGUAUAGUCCUAAUUUAUGACAUAUCCAAUAGUUCAAAUUUUUGUUCAAUAGCAAUUUCAUACAAUUAGCGACAAACAUUUUUAGACUAAAUAUGGAUCCCACGUGAUUUUUGUAUGAAAAUACGAAUUCGUGUUUGGAAAGGGACGGAGAUAUACGAAUCUAAUGUUAGGUCUCUUUCUGGUUAUUGGUGUUGAUUCGAAUUUUGUAACAGAGUAACUGUUAUUGACUUUACUGUAAAUAUCUUGGUUGUCAAAAUGUUCAAUAUUGACAGAUAUUGUUGUCAAACUGUCCUGGGACCUCCGGUCAAGGUUUGAAACAUGGCUACAAAGAGUAUAAAAGAAAACUGAGACGCAACUAUUGUAGCAGUAAAUUUGACAGCUGAGAUAGAUAGCGCUACCCGGCACCUUACUAU